AUGUAUAUCAGCGUCUCAACCCUUCUCCUUCUUACUAUAGCAAGACUUCACGUCAGCAUAGCAACCUAUAAUGUAGAGCGCGAACUACAAUUACAACCUAGAAGAUCUGACCACCCUAACGGUUAUUUCUGCGAGGCGGGGAAUCUAGUUAUUUUGGCAGGAGGAGAACGAGAUGAGAUAGUCUGUGGUGGGAAUAAUGGCCAGUGUUGUUCGGUUGCUCCUGAUCAUAACUCCGGGCAUUGUUUGAAUUGCUACAUCGUUCACGGAUGUCCUUGCUAA